AUGGUGCUGGCUUCCCCAAUGGUAUUUUUUUGUUUGUUUUUAUUUUUUCUUUCCUUCGCCUCUCCGGCAGGCGGGCCAGUUUCUUUGCUGAAGAAUAACUUCAGGAAAGAGAAGUCACCUGGUUCCCGACCGCUGCUGGAGAUCUACUCGGCCUCGGGCGUUCCCCUGGCCAGCGUUCUGUGGAAGAGCGGCCAGGUGGUGCAGCUGGGUUGGACUGCCAGCGAGGACCUGCUCUGCAUCCAGGAGGAUGGCACCGUCCUCAUCUACAACCUCUUCUGUGAAUUCAAGCGACACUUCAGCAUGGGCAACGAGGUCCUGCAGAACCACGUGCGGGAGGCGAAGGUUUUCCACACGGAGUACGGCACGGGCGUGGCCAUCCUCACUGGAGCGCACCGCUUCUCCCUCACCACCAACAUCGACGACCUCAAGCUGCGCAGGAUGCCGGAGGUACCAGGUCUGCAAAAGCUCCCCUCCUGCUGGGCCGUCCUGUCCCAGGACAGAGUGACCAUCAUCUUGUUAGCCAUUGGCCAGGACCUGUACCUCCUGGACAACACGUCCUGCUCCGUGGUGACUCCACCUGGCAUCAGCCCCCACGCUGGCGCGUAUGUGCAGAUGGCAGUGUCCUUCAACUACUGCUACCUGGCCCUGUUCACUGACACGGGCUCUAUCUGGAUGGGGACGUCCUCCCUGAAGGAGAAGCUGGGUGAAUUCAGCUGCGAUUUCCGCACUCCGCCCAGACAGAUGGUUUGGUGCACGCGCCCCCGGAGCAAGCAGCGGGCAGUGGUGGCGGCGUGGGAUCGCCGGCUCCUGGUGGCUGGGAACUCCAAGGAGUGUAUUCAGUUCAUUCUGGACGAGGAUUCCUACCUGGUGCCGGAGCUGGACGGGGUGAGGAUCUUCUCUCGUACCACGCAUGAGUUCCUGCACAAAAUCCCCGAGGCCAGCGAGGAGAUCUUUAAAAUCGCUUCUAUGGCGCCUGGGGCUCUCCUGCUGGAAGCACAGAGAGAGUAUGAGAAACAGAGCCAGAAGGCGGACGAGUACCUGCGGGAGAUCAAGGACCAGAAUCUGCUCGCGGAGGCGGUGCGGCAGUGCAUCGAGGCGGCUGGCUACGAGCAUGAGCCGGAAACCCAGAAGUCUCUGCUCCGGGCCGCCUCGUUCGGAAAGUGCUUCCUCGACAAGUUCCCCCCGGAGAGCUUUGUGCGGACGUGCCGGGACCUGCGUGUGCUGAAUGCCAUCCGGGACUAUCAGAUCGGCAUCCCUCUGACCUUCGCCCAAUACAAACAGCUCACCAUUGAAGUCCUGCUGGACAGGUUAGUUCUGCGGAGGCUGUACCCCCUCGCCAUCAAAAUCUGCGAGUACCUGCGCCUGUCGGAGUUCCAGGGCGUCAGCAGGAUUCUGGCUCACUGGGCCUGCUACAAGGUGCAGCAGAAGGACAAGUCUGAUGAGGAGGUUGCACACGCCAUCAAUCAGAAGCUGGGCGACACCCCUGGCAUUUCGUACUCGGAGAUCGCUGCCCGGGCAUACGACUGUGGCCGGACGGAGCUGGCCAUUAAGGUGCUGGAGUACGAACCCAGGUCCGGGGAGCAGGUCCCGCUGCUGCUGAAGAUGAAAAAGAGCCAACUGGCCCUGAACAAAGCCAUUGAGAGUGGAGACACAGACCUAGUUUACACCGUCGUGUUGCACCUGAAGAACGAACUGAAUCGUGGCACUUUCUUCAUGACGCUGCAGAAGCAGCCGGUGGCUCUGAGUCUCUACCGCCAGUUCUGCAAGCACCAGGAGCUGGAGACACUCAAGGACCUGUACAACCAGGACGACGAUCACCAGGAGCUCGGGAACUUCCACGUCCACUCCAGCUACUCCAGUGAGAAGCGGAUCGAGGGGCGUGUAGCAGCGCUGCAGAACGCAGUGGACGAGUACUACAAGGCCAAGAACGAGUUUGCUGCCAAGGCCACAGAGGAUCAGAUCAAACUGCUGCGGAUGCAGCGCCGCUUGCAGGAUGAGCUGGACAAACCCUACGUAGAUUAUUCCCUGCACGACACUGUCUAUGGCCUCAUCCUGGACGGCAACCACAAGCGGGCGGAGCAGCUGUACCGUGACUUCCGAAUCCCCGACAAGAGGUUCUGGUGGCUGAAGAUCGGCGCCCUGGCCGAGCGGGAGGACUGGGAGGAGAUGGAGAAGUUUUCCAAGAGUAAGAAGUCGCCCAUUGGGUACCUGCCCUUUGUCGAAAUCUGCAUGAAACAUCACAACCGCCACGAGGCCAAGAAGUAUGCUGCCCGCGUGACCCCGGAGCAGAGGGUCAAGGCCCACAUCCUGGUGAGAGAGUUGGACCAAGCUGCCGAUGCUGCCAUUGAGCACAAGAAUGAGAACGAGAUGAACCUCGUCCUGUCCAAGUGCACUGCGGCCACUGACUCCUCCGUCGUGGAGAAGAUCAAUCGCGCCAAAGCUCAGAUCCUGAAAAAAUAACCCCUCCUGCCCUGCGGCCGCCCCCUCGCAGCAGCCUGCUGUGAGCCGGCCUUCUGUAUGUUCCCGAGGGGUAGGGGACACAGUCUUGGUGCUGAUGUUACAAGGACAGGAGGCCUGGAGCUUCUCACACAUGCAGAUCCAGCCCAGGGGCCCACCAGCAUGACCUGGGGCCCGGUAUUGGGGAAUCUAAGGUGGCAGCGAUCCCUGUCCCUGGGGUGCGAUGGACUCCUGCCCUCUGGAGUUCAGGGUGCUUGGCUGGAGGUGGGAGGAGAACUCGCAUGCCGUGUUACUCUGCAGCUGGCCACCCUGCUGCAUCCCUGCU